AUGGUCGCAUUGCUCGCCUUGGCGCUCUAUGCAGGGCUGCAGCUCAGCGGAGGCGAAGACGACAGACGAGGUCCGGCCAGGACCCUCGGCCAUGACUUCGAACAGUUUCUGGAGGAGGGCACAUGCCCAGGUCCUGCAAUGGUCUUGUUCGCCUCGGAGAUAGCAGAUGUCGAAACGAUCAGAGCCUUUCAGGAAUCUGCGGAUGAAGUAGACAGCUUGGCAUGCCUUGGAAUUCUCAACUGCGACGCAUGGAGGUCUAAAUGUUCUGAACAGAAUAUCCGGCGCACUCCGAUGGUGCUGCUGUACCCACGCGGGCCACGUGGUGGCAGAUUCUAUCGAGGGCAGCAUACGAAGGAAGGCUUCACUGCAGCUGUUGCCAAAAUGGUGGCCUUCAACGACAGGACGUUGCACAUCACCGCCAACAACUUGAACAGUUUCCUUGCGGGACGAGCGCGGCCGAUCAAAGUAUUGCUUUUCUCUCGACGUCAGCGAACUCCUGUCAUCUUCAAGGCGCUAUCUCAUGACGAUGACCUCUGGCCACACAUGGAGUUUGGUUUCGUGCCUGCGGAGGAGGACAAUCAGAAGAAUCCUCUGCUUGAUCUCUACAGCGUCGAGUCCGUUCCACAGGUAGUUGUGCAGUACGGGCCGGAUGCGUCGACGAAGCAGGUCUACAUCAGCACGGAAAUUUCCUACCAAGCUCUGAAGGAAUGGCUGACGCUUCAGCGCUCAAAGCAUUGGCUGGGAAGUGCUUCAUGGAAGGAGGAGGAGGAGGAGGACGAAGAAAUGCUGCUCGAUCAGGGGGAAGAAGAGGAGGAUGAUUCAAGUGCGGCCACAGCUUCAAGAUACGAACUGCUGGAGAGAGGCACUGCCGGUUGCCCGAUUGAUCUGGAGAUUGCAUCUGUCACUGAAUGCCAGAACGCACUGAAGGAACUCGGGAUGCGGGCGGACCCCACGUGGGUCUCCAACUUCCCGGAGCUUCCUAGCAAGUGUUCCGUGCGCACCGAACCGACUCAGCAGCAUCCAGAAAGGAUGCACUUCAACUCUUUCGUCGGGGGAGCUGGCCGGGAAGAUCUAUCUCCCGUGUGUACCUGA